AUUUUCAGUUUCUUAAAACGCAGAAAAGUCAGUCUUGUAACAAUGUUAAGAAACGAAUACAUCGUAAAAAAAGUAAACGAAUCAAAUGCCAUAAUCAAUAACUUUAACCUUUUCGCUUCUUCUGUUAUAAUUUUUGCAAUCGUUUUCUUUCAAAUUAUAAAUAUUACCGUUUUCUUUCCUGCUGUAAAACAAGCAGAAAAAUAUCAGGGCGAAGCAUUAUUUUGUACUGUUGAAUUUGGGUUAGACUUCGCUUUAUUCGCUGGCUUAAUUGGUUACGGUUUAGUAAUGGUUGCAUUCGUGCUAACUCUAAUUGAAAUGGAAUUCAAACAACUCUUGGAAGAAUUUUCUGUAAUAAGAAGAAAUGAUCGAAAUGUAUGUUCGAAGUUGCAAUGUUUGAUGAUUCGUCACGAAGAACUCUGUGUAAUCGUCGAUCAAUUAAACACCAGAUUCAGUUUUCUUUUAAUGAGUAUUUAUGUUGCCAUCAUUUUCACCACAAGUUUUAUUUACUAUUCAUUCUUAUAUCUCGAUGUAAACGAUACAUUUCGUUUCGCAUUGCUGGCAGCACUCGUCUUAUUCGUUUUCGUCUCUAUCAUUACUUCCUUAUUAUUCUGCACCUUUGCAUUCAAUAUGCGAAAUGCCUUUCAGGAUAUCCGACAAUUUGCUAUCUGCAAUUUCUGUAUGGAAGAAAAAUUGAAAAUUCUAAAUUUUAUGAAAAGAUUUGGGAAAGUUUCUUUGUGUCUGACUAUUGGAGGAAUUUAUCCUGUGACAAAGCGAAUUCCUUUCAAAGUUGCAAGUAAUUUGAAUUCAUUUUUUUCGGCAUUUAUGAAACUUAGAGGUAUCUCGAAACAAGAAAGUAAAUGUUCUAACGUAACAAAAUGGCACUAAUCUGGUAAAAGCUUGCAUUCUGUAAAUUUAAUUUCCAAUAAACCUCUAUCUGUAUGCGAGAAAAAUUACGGUUAAAGCUUAGAAAUUACAUCGACAUUCUAA